AUGGCCGGAGACUCGAGCGAACCAGAACCAAAAAGCCUACUACCACAGUCUGCAACUGCUGGUGCUGCCGAAUCGGGACCAGCAAGCACCACAACACCCAAGCUUGCCAACGGAGUGGUUUUGGGAAAGGAUGGCAAACCAUGCCGAACAUGCACUAGCAUGAAAGAUUGGGCGGCGCAGAGCAAGUCUCUCCUCAAAGGGCCGGCAGCGCAGGCCCGGCCCCCCCGCGACUGUCCGGCCGACGUGGAGACGCUGGGCCGCGGAACCUGGACGCUGCUGCACACCAUAGCAGCGCAAUACCCUGAGAAACCGACGCAGACGGAACAGUCGGACCUGGCAGGCUUCAUGCGGCUCUUCUCCAAGCUGUAUCCGUGCUGGGUGUGCGCCGACGACUUUAGGGAAUACAUCAAGCGGGAGCCGGUCCGCGUGCGGACACGCGACGAGUUUGGCAACUGGCUGUGCAACGCGCACAACGAUGUCAACAAGAAGCUGGGGAAGCCCAUAUUUGACUGUAAUUUGUGGGACCAAAGGUGGCGGACAGGGUGGAAGGAUGGGAGGUGCGGUAAGGGCCCAGGGAUACAUACCGAAAGCGUCAGUAUCUGGAAGAUGGCAGAUACAAAACGCAAAAACGGCCCUGGGGCUUCGGAUGCCACUUCGUCUAAACGGAGAAAGCAGGGCGGUAACGGAGGAAAAUGGCAGACCCCUCAUCAAAAGACCAAGAUCGAUGGUCGUGUGGCAAUUGAGCUUGGCGAUGUAGGAGUCUGGGUGACUUGCGCAAGGAACCAGGAGGCCAAGGCAGCGCGCGAGGUUGAGCUGCUUUUCGACGAAUACGUUGAAAAGCUAUAUGGCAUCAAGCCUCCAGGGGAGGAUGACGAUAGCUCAGACAACGAGGGAGGAGCCGAUGACAUAGAAGCUUCGAUCCAAAAAGAGUUGACGACGCUCAAGCCGACCCGGGCCCAGGGUUCAGAGCGAGUGUUCACGAUUGUUCGUCAGGCCGUCGAUUGUCUCCUGUUUGUCAAGACCAAGGCACCCAUUGAACCUGUAGAGUUUGUGCAUCGCAUAUGCCUCGACACCAAGGCAUCGUCGGGCCUGGCUGCGCGCCGAUUUCGCUAUCUUAACAGGUUUACGCCCAUUACCUUGAUGGGACGGGCUUCAGAUAAGGGCUUCGUCGAGAUAUGCCAAAAGGUUCUGCCGCAGCACUUCAAAAUGAGUGAGGGCUCGGAGGAUGCGGAAGAAGGCGACGCCGCAGUGGAUGACGGGACCAAGGUGCAGAGCCCCGAGGAAGCGAGCAAAGAAGACAACGAACAGGCAACACCGCCUGAGUGCAGUUACGCCAUUAGGCUGUCAACCCGAAAUCAGUGCCCGCUCAAGCGAGAUGAUGUGAUCAAGGGUAUUGCUUCGUUGAUUGACGAUCAGAGACACAAAGUCAACCUCACCAAGCCUGACAAGGUCAUAUUGGUGGACAUGUUCCAGAACCUGUAUGGCAUGAGUGUGGUAGAUGGCGACUGGGACGAUCUGAAGCGAUUCAACAUUUCAGAGAUUUACAGUGCCGCUGCAAAGUCAGCGAAGCAGGAUUCUCCAGAGCAUCAUCCCAAAGGGUCAAAGGAGGACCAGAAAUAA